CACGUCCCCGAGACUCUCAUAACAGAGGACGUCCCGUCAGGAGGCACGCAGCCAAUUCCUAACUGCGAGGACGCGUGUUCACCACGAAACACGUGUGUCUGCUGUGCUUAUGGUGCCACGUGCUUCGUGUGUGACAAGGUGACGUAAUAUUCUUCCUCAUCGCGCACCGCCCCCUCUCCCCCCCGCCUCCCUCCCUUCCUGCCAACGGUGGGGAGACCUGGGAGUGUUUUCUGGCUGAAGUUCUUUGUGAGUUUUAAGUUAGCUUACGAAGGGACAGGGGCCGGGGGGAACGAGGAGGAGGUCACAUAUAUACCGCGCGCCCCAAACUUGGCGCUCAAAACGGGGGAAGUUGUGGCGGCCGACGGACCAGUGCAACGCGAGUCGUGUUGACAGCGAGUCUCAGUCGAGCCGCGAGAGUGUGUGGACGUGCAGCGCCAUAAGCCGCGCCGAGCAGUGACAGUGUGUGAGGGAAGAGUCGGCAGGACAAGGCGUCCCUCCUCUGAUAGCCGCCGCCAUGGAUCACGACAGAGGCAGCACGCAGCAUGUCGCCUUCCAUAUGGAGGACAUAGCUAACGUCAUCAAGGAAGAGGAGGAGGAGGAGGUGGAGAAGGAAGAGGAUGAAAAGGAUCAUGAAGGAGAGGACGACCAAAGGAUGCCCUUUACAGCUAAUGGUCGGCCAGGCCCUAGGGAGACAGGCGAUGAGCGAGACCAGUUGCCCUUCCUCAAGGCCCGCCAAGGGCGCUACUCUGUCAUCUCCGCGCCGGGUUUCACUUUGUCUUCACGACCUUCCUUCGGCGGCAUGUCCUCGAGGCCCUCCUUCGGCGGACUCUCCUCGAGACAGUCGUUCCAAGGGCUGUCGUCGCGGCCGUCCAUGGCGUCGCUUCGUUCCAGUAUCUCGAGAGUUCACAGCGAACUCUAUCCUGAACGAGGCUCCUUCGUGGCCUUCAGGCUGGGCCACUCCCUCGCCGACAUCGCGCCGCUGGCCCGCAAGAUGUACAUCAUCACACAGGUACUGGCUGCGCUAUCCGUAUCCAUGGGUUCAAUGGCUGUCGGUUUCACGGCUGCCUACACCUCACCGGCCCUCGCCUCCCUGGACGCUGCUGCCAACGCCACCCUGGAUGCCCUCAACAUCACCCUCGACGGUACCAACGACACCGCCAACGCCACCCUUGAGGCGCUCAGUUCCACCCUGACGGUCACUGAGGAGCAGAAGUCAUGGAUCGGUUCCCUGAUGCCCCUCAGCGCUCUAAUCGGCAGCAUCUUAGGCGGCUACCUCGUCGACGCCCUCGGCAGGAAGAUGGUGAUUCUUCUGUGCGGGCCUCCCUUCAUUGUAGCGUACAUUUUGAUCGGGUCUUCCAUCAACGUGAUGAUGAUCUACGUGGGGCGCGUGUUGGGCGGCCUGUGCGUGGGUCUGCUCACCCUCACCCUGCCUGUCUACCUCAGUGAGACUGUACAGCCGGAGAUUCGUGGCAUCCUGGGCCUCCUGCCGACCACCUUCGGGAAUGCCGGCAUCCUAUUGUGCUUCUUGGUGGGGUCACACGUCAGCUGGUGGGUACUGGCCUACGUCGGCGCCAUCGUGCCGCUCGUCUUCACCACCAUGAUGUGUUUCGUGCCAGAAACGCCGCGUUGGUACAUCUCCAAGGACCGCGUGGAGGACGCUCGCAGCGCCCUGCAGUGGCUGCGAGGUUCCUUCAACGAUGUGGAGUUCGAACUGGAGGCAAUCCAAAUCAACUAUGAGAUGUCGAGCCAGACGAGCUCCUCCUUAAUGGACGUGUUCACUCGACGACACAUUCGCCCCUUCCUGCUGUCCAUGGGCCUCAUGUUGAUCCAGCAGCUAUCAGGUAUCAACGCCGUCAUCUUUUACACCGUGGAUAUCUUCGAGAUGUCUGGCUCCACCAUCAGUGGCCAUCUGUCCACCAUCAUCGUGGGCGUCGUCAACCUGCUGGCCACCUUCGUGGCUAACGCCGUAAUCGACAAGGUGGGCCGCAAGGUGCUCGUGUACAUCUCCAGUGCCCUCAUGGUGGUCUCCCUGUUGGCACUCGGUUCCUUCUUUCACGUGCGGGAGAAGGCUGAAAAUCUCCCAGCUGACCACGUGGACGCCGAGUGGUGGGCGGCGACGAUCGAAAGCAUCUCGUGGCUGCCGCUGGUGAGUUUCAUGAUCUACGUGAUCGCCUUCUCCCUGGGGUGGGGCCCCAUUCCCUGGCUCUUCAUGGGGGAGGCCCUGCCAGCAAAGGUCCGGGGCCCCGCUGCCUCCAUGGUCACGGCACUGAACUGGACAUGCACCUUCGUCAUCACCAAGACGUUCCCAGGCUUGGUGCAGAAGCUGGGGCCCUCCAUCGUAUUCUUCAUGUUCUCGAGCAUCAUGGUCUUGGGCUCAUUCUACGCAGUGUUCCUGGUGCCAGAAACAAAGGGCAAGAUGCUAGAAGAGAUCGAGGAAGAGUUGUCAGGGAGGAAAGAUCACGGCAACAGGAGCAGGAAGAUAAGCACAGUCUCUGGCCUCAACAUGAAAUAACAAGGACGACCGCAAUGAGUUUUCUACUCACGCCAGGUCCCCUGCCACCCUCCCCGCCGUCCCCCGCCGCAACGGCACCCGGCUGGCGUAGGCAGUGAUGCUGUAGCAGACCAGCACGAAGCCUGAUGAACGGUUGAUGGGGAGACCCUGAACCCUGCCAGCGGCGUGGGACACAUUCCUGUCGGCGGGCGGAGUGGAGGACAAGGAAGGAAUAGACUAAGGUCCCUAGGUCAUUCUAGUGACCUUGGAAUAGACAAGCAUGUGACGCUUGGAGCGCCUGUGAUGAUGUCCACGAGAAGUGAGGACACAGCCGUAAGAGCUGCAGGACACAGAGUGCUGCAGGGCGCGGGGAGUCGUUGAGUGACGCUUGAUGGCAAUCGUGUGGAAAGGUUUUGAAUCAUCAGUGUAUGAUGUUAUAGUGUACAUACUGUUAAAUAGUUUUUGUACUAUAAUCUAAGUUUACUAAGUUUGUUUUGUUUUUGUAUCAAUCAUGUUCACGUCCCGCUUAGGAGUGCCUUGUCAGUACCAGAAGACCUUCAUCCUGGGGAAAACUACACACGUUUUGUGUACGUAUCGGAUAUUAGUUACUACCAUUUAGUAAGACACCUAGUACGAAAUGUGUACAUGUAUGUGUAUGUGUUCAUUCUUAAAAGCUGACAUGCACUGGUGUGUGAGGCGCAGUAACAGCACUUUGACAUAACGAGGAAGCGGCACGAAAGACAUCGAGGGAAGAUAAGAAGUAAUAUCACAAGGAAAUUAUGCAAGACUAAAAUUACCAUUGUUCGGCGUUUGCAUCAAAUGUGUUGACUUGAAGCACCAAAAUAACAACUGACUCUGAUGAUAAGCUUGGCAUUGGAUCUUUUGUUUUUCUUCCUGUUCUAUCCCACUUCCUCCUACAUCACUAUUCCUCUUCUAUCUUUCUUCCUGAUCUAUUCUUGCUGCCAUCACUAGCACUGCCACUGCCACUAUCAUCACUACCGCUAUUAUCACCACAACUAGUACUUCAGCUAUCGAUCUCUCAACUACCUUCACACCAUUUGCCAUUUCUCUCUCUCUCUCUCUCUCUCUCUCUCUCUCUCUCUCUCUCUCUCUCUCUCUCUCUCUCUCUCUCUCCUCCCACUUCAGUUGCAGAUCUCUUAGUGGCCCCGCCGGUGGAUGCUGACCAUUACACCUGAUAAACAUGUUGUCAGUACUUCUUAAAAACACCACAGUACGUGUCAAUAUUCUUAUUAAAACCAUGACCUAGUGUA